UCCCUCCGAUCUCGUCGCCGCAAUGCCCACUGGUCAGGAUCCCGCCCCUCCUCUUCCUCCUGGCCACUCCUCCGUCCCCGGUCACUCAUCACCGUCAUCGCCGCCAUCACUAACCCCUCAGGAACACCAACAAAAAACUCCCAUCGAUGCUGCCUCCAAAAAUAAUGUCGCCGCUGCCGCCGCCCCGCUCUCCUCCGCAGCCGAAACCACAGCUACACCAACAGCAACAGCAUCCCCCUACCAACUCUUCGACACAUACCCCUUCGCCACAGAUCCGGAAUUCAAACUUGGCCUCGGCCUGAUCCUAGGAAAGCCGGCGGGGACCCCCGCGACGGAGGAUGAGGUGACUGGAAGAAGCAGGCCUCCUGCGGCUGGAACUGGCGGCGGCGGCGAUGCGGAUGAGUAUGCUGAGUUGGGCGGCGAGUUGCUGCUAAAAGCGAAGAUUUAUUACUUUACGAAGAAAUUCCCCUCGCGAACCCAACCCUCAACCCCGCUCACCCCAAAAGGCUACAAAGCCUACCUCCAACAACAAAGAGCCAACAGUAACACCGCCCCGACCUCUACCACCACCACCCCCCACCAGCCUCAACCUCAACCUCAACCUCAACCGCAACGCCAACCGCAACCAAAAGAGCCAACCUACCCAACCCCCUUCUCCCACAUCGUCGACCUUAUAACAAACAACAAACCCAUCCCCGGCAUCCAGGAGAUCCCCGAUACCGUUCUGACCGGUCAGGAUAAGCCGAGCCUGGCCCCGCAGCGGCGGAAGCCGUGGGAAACUACGGCUGUCGGGGAUACUGGCGGAGAUGGUAAUGGUAUUACUGGGGUUGAGCGUGAGGAGAGAGACGGUGAGGUGGAACGCCAAGAGCAACCGCAGCCGUAG